AUGACCAAAGACUGUGAGGACAAUAAGUUGAGAAAACGAUUUGACAUGGUUGGGGACUACGAUGCCCUUAAUGCAAGUGCUAUUCAUCUUUUCAAUUCUAUGGCAGAUUCCGGCUUCCUUGAUGAAGCAAGAGAGCUCUUCAAGCCACUUGCUGAUCAAGCCACGAUGCCGGAAGUGGCAGUCUUCACCAUGGCCAUUGUGGUCUACGCCUGUGCUGGCAAGACCAUGGAUGCUCUCAAGGUCCACCAGCAUGACAUGAUAGCCACUGGUGUCACCCCUGCCUCCUACACGUACACCGUACUUAUCUCCAGACUUGCACAAGACUUCUCCAAUUUGGAUUUCGUCGGGUAUGCGAAGAAGCAUUUCCUUGAAAUGUUGGAUAGGGGGAUGAAGCCCCGUUCUCAAACUUACACGAAAGUUAUGAAUGCCAUUGCCUACCAAGAGCCGGUGGAGGAGGCCAAGGGGUUCCUUGAACAGAGAAAGGCCAAGGGGUUCAGCACUUACCACAAUGGUUUUCGAUACAAAGAUGGCCACCUCACUGAAGCAAUGCAGGUGAUCCACAUGUGUAUUGAUCUCGUCCACAGCAAUGAGGAUGGAAAUGUGGAUGAGGCCACGGAGUUCUAUAACACCAUUGAACAGAAGGGCAUAGAGCCCAUAGUCCUAAUCCACACCUCUGUUAUUGAAGCCUACCUCAAGUUUUGCAAGACCAAGGGUGCUCUGGAGGCAUUCCUGGCCAUGUUAGCUGCUGGGGUUGCUCCCAACUCCUACACUUACACAGUUUUAAUCGAGGGACUCGCUGCUGACCGCAACUUCUUUGGAGAUGCUAAGAAGUACUUGCUUGAGAUGAUGGACAAGGGGAAGCGGCCCAAUGCAGCUACCUACACUGCGGUGAUAGAGGGUUUUGCAAGGCAGGAAGGCAGGGCAGCUGAGGAUGAAGGCAAAGAGUUUGUGGAGGUGAUGAUGGGUAAGGGGUUUGUGCCUAAUGCAAAGGCAAUGAGGGAGGUUUUAAAGGGGAAACCGACAUCUGUUAUUCGAAGGGUCAUGAAUAUUGUCCAUUCCAAGUUGAAAGGCUGA